GGGUUCGAAGGAACCCAGCACCAGCGCUUGGGUUCGUCGAACGCAGGCGUCCUGGGUUCCGUCGAACCCAGGACGCCUGGGUUCGAUGGAACCCAGGCGCGGGUUAGAGAUGAAGUCCUUUCUACGAGGAAUCGAUGUGCGGGUUAGAGAUGAAUUUGGUCGUUUUGUUCGGAAUUUGGUGGUGCAAAGCAAUGAGUUUUUUCCAUAUUAGUGUUUUUUGUAGCUUGAAUUUGGUGGUUUUGUAGAAGAUUUGAUGGUUCGAAGCCUCGGGAUUUGAAUUUAGUUUGGAUGGAAUGAAUUUUUGUUGUUUGGUUUAUAGGAAAGCGAAGGAAAAUUGAGUGGAAAAUGUCUGUAAAAUUUUAUUACUGAUGUGAAAAUGAAAAAAUGCCACGGUGGUGAAAAAGAUAUUAUUUUAUUUUACAGGUUAUUAAGAUUUUCAACCAAAAUUGAUUUCGUGGCAACUUAACGUGCCAUCUGGCACUUCCGUCGACGGAAGGACUAAAAUGGUUUCAAAAAUUGAAGUUUAAAGAUUUUUUUAGUAUUUUUUUUAGUUUGAGGGUAUUUUUAGUCCAAAAAUGAAAGUUCAGGGACUGAAUCGGGGAUAUAACCUAUUAU